AUGGCCGAGCCGGCGCAGACGGGCGGCGUAGGGCAGGGCGGGCGGCGGGAGGAUGAGGCGGCGGCGGCGCCGGCGGCCGCCGCCCCCAGCUCGGAGGACUACGAGUGCAAGAUCUGCUACAACUACUUCGACCAGGAGCGGCGGGCGCCCAAGCUGCUGGAGUGCCUGCACACCUUCUGCCAGGAGUGCCUGAGCCAGCUGCACCUGCGCGCCGCGCAGCAUCCCCCCGCCGCCGGCGCCGAGCCGGGCCCGGGCCGCUCCCCCGGCGGCUCGCUGGCCUGCCCGCUCUGCCGCCACCGCACGGCGCUGCCCGACCACCGCGUCCACGGCCUCCCGGUCAACACCAAGCUGGCCGCCGCCUGCCCGCCGCAGCUGCGGGCCCGCGACCCGGUGCCGCAGGACCGCCUGCCGCCGCUGCCGCCCCGCCGCCCGCCCCGCGCCCGGGAGGCGGCGGCCGCGCUGGCCCCGCCGCCCCCCGCCCCCGCCGGGCCGCGCUCCUCGGGCGGCGGCUACGAGAGCUGCCAGAGUUGCAAGCGGGCGGCGCUGAGCGCCGGCUGCGUGUGCGUCGUCGUCUCCUUCCUCUCCAUGGUGGUGCUGCUCUUCACCGGUCUCAUCUUCGUCAACCAGUACGGCGGGGACGCCGCGCCCGGCGCCGCGGCGUCGCCGUCGCCGGUGGGGCCCAUCUGCCUGUCGGUCGCCAGCAUCCUCGCCCUCUUCUCCGUGGUCGUCACAUGGCUCAUCUGCUGGCUCAAGUACCGGCCCGAGGCGGCGACCGGCGGGGCCGCGGCCAACGGCUCGGCGCGGGGCCGGGCCGCCCGCAGGAGCGACACGUAG